AUGGCAUUCGACGGCACCUGGAAAGUUGACAGAAGUGAGAACUAUGAGAAGUUCAUGGAGGCACUGGGUGUGGGCAUGAUGAAAAGAAAGCUGGGAGCCCAUGAUAAUCUGAAGAUCACCAUCCAACAAAAUGGGGACAAAUUUAGUGUCAAAGAAUCCAGCAACUUCCGAAGCAUAGAGAUUGAAUUUACUCUGGGAGUCAGCUUUGAUUACAGCCUGGCUGAUGGGACUGAAACUACUGGUGUUUGGAACCUGGAAGGAAAUAAACUUGUGGGGACAUUUACCAGAAAAGACAACGGAAAAGUACUUCAAGCAACCAGAGAAAUCAUGGGUGAUGAACUUGUUCAGACCUAUGUGUAUGAAGGAGUUGAGUCCAAGAGAUUCUUCAAGAGGGGCUAAGCACUUCACACAGAACUGCACCAUAAUGAAGAAACAAUAAAAGAUCAUUUUCUACACAUCCUCUGUGUUGUUUUUUUUUUUUUCCCCUUUCCAUCCAGCUGCAGUUACCUAGUCCUGCUGAAAACGUGGGCUGGUUCUUUAUGUCACUGUUUUGCCUUGAAUGAACAAACUCCCAUUACCAGAUGCUAAAAUGUCUUUUGUA